CUGGGACUGAAACACUCAUUUGGCACUGUGUACCAUCCACAGUCACAGGGGAAGGUUGAAUCAAACCCUUAAAACCAUGUCCAGACCGCCAGAAGUACCUAAACAAAACGCACGUAUGCAUGGGGAGAACUUGCAAACUCCAUGCAGAAGGACCCCUGGCCAGGAGUCAAAACCAGGUCCUUCUUGCUGCGAGGAAACAGUGCUACCAACUGUGCCACCUUGCAGCUACAUUCCAAGCAGUGCUUUCAAAAUAGAUGGAGGUGAUUAUAAUCAUAAGACUAUAAAAAGAACACAAUAGAAGCAAGCUCAGUUAAGCUCUUGUCUAUCCUGCAGGCUGGACAAAAAAAAAAUGUUGUUCGACUGGAUUAUCUGGUUUUCUAAGAUGAUUAGUUCCAUGCCACAGAACAGAAUACAGUCUCAGGAGAGUCUCUCAGGGGGCGGAUGGAGAAGCUGUUGUUCACGCUUGUAACUCUUGUUGUGGUGUCGUCCUGCAGUGGUCAAACUUCAUCCUGCAGUAAUAAUCCAUGUCCAAAGUACCAAGUUAUAGACACACACAAGGAUUUUGAGGAGCGUCACUAUGUUGACACUGACUGGAUAACCACUAAGUUGAGCAGCAAAGACAGCAAUUCACUCAUUGCUGCAGCUAAGACACUGAGGGCUUUCUGCGCUAAACAGAAGGAAGCAGGUCAUAAGAUAAUUGACGGCUGGCCUGCACUGAUGACCACAGCAGAGGGUAAUGAUCAUUCUACAUCCUUGUCCUGGUUUCUUGCUCCUGGGUCUAAGCCUGAGCUCACUGAUACAUCAGUCACAAUGGAGCACAAAGCUGCAACCACCAUCUAUGUCAGGUCUUACAGUGGAAUCCCAAGCCUCAUCACUGCUGAGAAAAACAGAAAUAAUCUCUGUGAGGCUUUGGUUAAAGCAGGAAAAAAGUUCAAUCCCAGCAUUUCUACUGGGGCUCACUAUGAAUCCUACUUCUCAUUUACUCACCACAAUGAAGUCUGGGUCUACAGCGCCUGAAAGCAGCUGAAGGGAUGAGAUGGUGCCGUGUGUCAUGUAAUCACUGUGGUUUACCUAUACUUAUUUUCUAUACUGAACAUGUUUUUCCCUCUAUGCAUUAGUAUGUUAUGUAAGAUAUGAGUUGCACCAACCAACCCUUUGAGUCAUGUCAGUUUUUGCAGACAGAAAUGCUUAAAAUACACCCUCAUCCUUUCCUAUAGCCACAUAAUUCUGUUCAAACAUAUGUGCUCCAAGACAAUAAACCAUAACUGUGAUGUGUAGAGAUGUUUAAUUUCACUUUUGUUUAUUUUAGGGUUUUUUUGUUGCAAAAGGGGAUUUAAAGUCUGCUCUGAAGGAUUUCCCAAAGGUUUUCGUAUUCCAGGAAAAUGCAGUUUACCAAUUAAAUCAGUUUGCUGUAAAGCUUUCACUCAUUGUCUUCAUGGUAACACAACUAGCUCUUUAUAUAGUAAUUGUUUCCUAUGCUAAUUGUGUCAGACAUACGGUACAUUUGAACUUAAAUAAAGUGCAUGUAGUGUGUAUUGAA